UUUUCUACUUCAUUAUGCCAACUGAAACAGAGAAAAGAAAAAAUCAAGCUCCAAGGUAAUGGCAUCUCUAGCUACCUUUGCUGCUGUGCAACCAGCCACCGUCAAGGGCCUUGGCGGCAGCUCCCUCACAGGAACAAAGCUCCAUGUCAAACCAUCUCGCCAGAGCUUGAGACCCAAAAACAGAAGGAAUGGUGCUGUGGAAGCUAAAUAUGGUGACAAGAGUGUGUACUUUGAUUUGGAGGAUUUAGGCAACACUACUGGGCAAUGGGAUUUGUACGGCUCAGACGCUCCUUCUCCAUACAACCCUCUCCAGAGCAAGUUCUUUGAGACAUUUGCAGCUCCAUUCACCAAGAGAGGAUUGCUGCUCAAGUUCUUGAUCUUGGGAGGUGGCUCUACCCUUGCUUACCUGAGUGCUACAGCUACCGGUGACGUUUUACCGAUCAAGAAGGGCCCACAACUUCCACCAAAACUGGGUCCGCGUGGGAAGAUCUAAUUUAGUUAAUGCCUUAGUUCUCAUUGUAUGUAUCUUCUUUUGCCUUUGUAAGUUUGUCUAAAGCCUACUUAAGACCCUUAUUAUUGAUUCAAGGAUGUUGGUUUCUAGUCA